AUGCUGCGCGCCGCGCUGGGAAGAGGGAACGGGCGUUGCGGCGGGCUCUGGAGGAACCCGUGCUCCGCAGCUGCCGGCGGCAGCGCCAGAGCCCCGAGCGCCGCCUCCGCCUCCUCUGGCAACGGCAGCGGCGGCGGGGCUCGGAGCGGAGGCGCUUCCCCGGCAGAUGCUAGUAAUGUAAAGCCAUUGGAUGGUGUGAAAAUUCUUGAUUUAACAAGGGUGCUUGCAGGACCUUUUGCCACAAUGAAUUUGGGAGAUCUAGGGGCUGAAGUUAUCAAAGUGGAAAAACCAGGAGCUGGCGAUGAUACAAGAGCCUGGGGCCCACCUUUUGCUGGGACGGAAAGUGUUUACUUUCUCAGUGUCAAUAGAAAUAAAAAGAGUAUAGCUAUCAACAUGAAGGAUUCAAAAGGAGCAAAGCUAAUCAGAGAGCUUGCAGCAGCAUCUGAUGUUUUUGUGGAAAACUACAUCCCUGGGAAACUGGCUGAAAUGGGUUUAGGUUAUGAAGACAUUAAAAAUGUUGCUCCUCACAUAGUGUACUGUUCAAUAACAGGUUAUGGUCAGACUGGUCCAGUGGUUCAGAGAGGUGGAUAUGACUCCAUUGCCGCUGCUGUUUCUGGUCUCAUGCAUAUCACAGGGCAUGAGGAUGGGGAGCCAGUUAAACUGGGAGUAGCAAUGACAGAUCUUGCUACUGGGCUGUAUACAUAUGGAGCAAUUAUGGCUGGUUUACUUCAGAGGUAUAAGACAGGAAAAGGGCUGCACAUUGACUGCAAUCUCUUGUCAACUCAGGUUGCAUGUCUCACUCAUGUAGCAGCUAAUUACCUUAAUUGCAAAAUUGAACCGAAACGCUGGGGUACUGCUCAUGGGAGUAUUGUUCCAUAUCAGGCUUUUAAGACCAAGGAUGGCUACAUAGUGGUGGGAGCUGGAAAUGAUCGUCAGUUUGUCACUGUGUGCAAGGUAUUGAAUUUGCCUGAAGUUAGUAAAGAUUCUAGAUACCAAACUAAUGCACUCAGAGUCCGGAACAGAAGAGAACUUAUUGAUGUAUUAUCAACCCGGUUUUCAGAAAAAACAACAAUCGAAUGGUUGCAGCUCUUUGAAGGUAGUGGGGUUCCAUAUGGCCCGAUCAACAAUAUGCAGCAAGUAUUUUCCGAUCCUCAGGUACUGCACAAUGGACUUGUGAUGGAAAUGAAUCAUCCAACAGCUGGGAGGAUCGCUGUUCCAGGACCAGGUGUCCGAUACAGUGAAUUUGAUGUGUCACAUCCAAAACCACCUCCACUUGUUGGACAGCAUACAGUGGAGAUACUGAAGAGCAUGCUGGGGUAUGAGGAUGAUGCCAUAGAAGAACUGCUCCGCACUGGUGCUGUGGCUCAGCAUGAGGUCAGAUAAGGAACAUUAGCUACAUUCCUUCACACUGAGUUCACAUUACUUUGUCCUCUCUUUGCUCCCUUCAGUUUCCCUAAUGGGACUCGAAGAGAAGACAUAAUUUAAUUCCUAAUUUUCUUCCACGUGUUUUUGUAUGAUUUUAACACUGAUGUAUCAAAUAAACAAUCUCAUGCUGUCUGAGUGAAAGAUUUUCUUGUGGGGGGUUGGGGGUAAAUGUAAUUAUACAGUCCUGUGUGACUACUCAUUUUCUGUACUUCAUAUGGAAAAUGGAGUUCUUAUCAUACUUACUGUAAUUGCCUAAACAUUUGUCCUGAGAAAGACAUGAUGUUAGUGAAAAGAAGCAGAACCUUUAAAAUCUGUAUACUAGACUCUGCACUCGCAGAAGGCUGCCUUAUACAAUUAUUUUAGUAGAGAAUCUUCUAUUUACAAAUUGGUCUCAUUGAUUUUGAACAGAAUUAUCAGUCAUGAACUCUUUGUUCAUUUCUAUUUUAAAUCAAGGGUAGAGUAACCAUUGCAAAAUUCACUUUUAUUUCCUGGUAUUCCAAAUUACUAGUAUGUCUUUAUAUUACAUUGCAUAGUCAUGACAAUCCUAAUAUGUUAGCAGAAAGAAGCUGAAACUGGCACAGUUCUUCAGUUAUGAAACAAGCCUAUUCCAAGACCAGUUGAGAGACAAACUGUGGUUGAAUAGCCUUUUGUAAUUUUAUUUAGCAAGGGUACUCUUAAUUAAAUAUUGAUCCACAGAAAACCACAUGCUGAAUGUCAAAUACCAGAACUUGCCAGACAUCUCAGUCUGGUUCUGUGGGUACUGUAGGUACUGAUUCCUAUCUCUGACUCCAGUUGCCUUCCAAAGCACCUUCAUUACAGAGAAAACACAGGUUGAAAUCUGUGCAAAACUUUCGACUCAGUCUCACCUUCAUGAUUAAAACAUGGUGAGAGUUGACAGACCUUCCUCAAAGUUAGUAAUAUCAUAUCCUUCAGUAAGGUUGCUCUUGAGAGUAAGGCACUAUGCAGUGGAAGAAGCUGGAAGAAUUUGAUCCAUGAAACAUAUUAAGGAAAAGAUUAAAGAGCCAUUUCUUCUCUACAAACCAAUCUGGCAGUUCUUCACUCACAGAAGACAUCCCAUUCUCCUCUAUUACAGUAUCUAAUUUACAGAUAAAGUAAACUCAGCAUAUGGAAAGGGUAUAACCUUUGUUGUGGGCACCCUAGGAACAAGGCAAAGCCUUUCUAUUCCUAGAAUGAAAUAAAACUAACUCAAAUUGACACUCAACACAUAAUGUCCAUGUUUCUCUCAAAGUAUCGGAAACAGGCCUGGCAUUGUAACUAGCUUGUCACUUUGUUUUCACUCUAACAAACAACAUCCUCUGUAUUACAUUUGAACUUCACAACUCUGCGUUACCUUCUGGGGGAAGAAAAAGAGGUUAUUACAUAAUCAAAUUGCAGUGGAACCCCACUGUGGCUGCUCAUUUUUGAAGCCCAGUGUGUUUUGGUUCAUUUGUUUGCUUGUUUUCUCUGGGUUUGUGUUCCUUCUUUUUUUUUUUCCCUCAGAUCU